GUAUAUGAAUUUCUCCCCAGUUUAUCGGAGCAACUGAAUCGGUCCUUCACCCAACGGAUAUAACACACUUUCCUCUAGCGUUCGUCCUGCGUUCUCUGAAGAAGGUUAUUUCAUCAAACGAGGUUGUUUUGAUUUUGAAGCGUUGGUGAAUUGUAUUUCUUUUGAAAAUGGGUGAUGUGGAACCAGUUGACCAAAAGAAGUACUUAGAAGAUUCUUGCAAGCCCAAGUGUGUUAGACCUCUCAUUGAGUAUCAGGCAUGCGUGAAAAGGGUAGAGGGAGAUGACAGCGGGGAAAAGCAUUGUACUGGGCAAUACUUCGAUUAUUGGCAUUGUAUUGACAAAGCUGUUGCACCCAAGCUGUUCGAGAAACUCAAGUGAAAAGAGCGUUUUUUCAAGAUCACAUCUUGCGGUUUGCGGUUUGCUAAAAGUAAAUUCAUUUGUGUGGACUUCUAAAUAUUGUCCUAGAGUUGAAAUUGAAUAAGUAGCAUCUCCAUAGGGUACUUGAAAUUUUCCAAAAUUGACUUGCUCAUUUGUCUAUAUAAAUCCAUUCUAUUUCUGUUUGGGAUUUUACUGAGGGAUUGUUUGU